GGAUGUUUGAGGCCACUUGCUCUUGUGAGAAAAUGCCCCAGUUCAAGCCCACCUGCACUAUUAGUAAACCCACAAGACCGAAGUCUUUUGCUCUCUCUCUCCGUCGAAAGCGAGAGCUCAGUUUAGGCUUUGAUUUGUACAGAGGCACGCCAGGGAAGAGAGGUGAGCCGUGAAUGAUGGUCGGAGACGGAGGAAAGAAGGGGAAAGGGGACGACGAAAAUUCGGAGCAAAUGGACGAGGAGCUCGUUCCCUCAUCUGAGAAGCCCCAAGAAAUCCAUGAUGAGCUUGAAAAGAUUGCAGACACCAAGGAGGAUUUGGGGGCGAAUUCUCAUAAUCUUAACUACGUUCAAUUGGAACGGUUAGAUACCAGAGGCUUCCUUUUCGUCGCGCCUCGCGAAGGCCAGAGCGUGUGGGCCCUCACAUCGUACAACCAGGUCACCAAGGAAGAGACGGUGGCAGCCUACGUGUACAAGAUGGACAGGCCGUGGCUGAGGCCAGACGAGGUGAGGGUGGAGAUCCGGCGGGGCCGUGCCCUCUGGGUGAUCGGCCGAGGAGACGAGCCCGUCAAGGCGGGGCUGCCGAGUUUAAAUAAGAUGAGGGUGAGCAAGGCCACGGCUUCCAUGAAUGCCGACUGCGUGCUCACCAUCACGAUUCCCAAGAGUCACCGGCCUUGGAAGUGGUACAAGUACAAAGAUUUGGUGUUCGCAUGGUUCAAAACGGUCCAUGUUGCGGUUUCUAGCUAAAUUGGUUUCGACAGUGUCAUAGCACUGUGAGUCCUGCCUUCAUUCUCUAGAAUGGACUUCACAUGAUGCUUUCAUUUAUAAUGAUUCGUGUUCUCUUUUUAACAACGUUGAAGUUUAUAAAGACUAGUCAAUAAGACUUAAGACA